AUGGAUACGUACAUAAGAACAGGAGAAUCUAGCGAUUUGCAAAGCGCUCUGGACUCAAGUUGGGCUGUGGAAUAUAAGAUGGAACUGAAUGCCAAAAAGACAAAAGAUAUGUGGAUUAACUUCACCGAAGCACCGCCCCCUCUACCACUGCAUAUAGGAGACGCUAUCAUAGAAAGAGUCGAUAAUUUCAAACUCUUGGGAACCUG